UAUGACCGCAAUUGGUUUCAAUAGGAGAUUUUUUGCAUCAACGUCAGCUCGUCUAAACCAGACAGAUUUGAUACCGGUGAAACAAGGGGAAUUUUCCCCCAAAAAGGUUGUUGUAUUAAGGAAAUUAACUCGCUAUGAGUAUGAGCAAACCUACUGGAAUACCAAGAAUGAUGAUAAACUAAAACCAAUCCUUAAAGCCUUGGGAUCGAAUUUUGAUGGUCUAGUUCAACGUCACGAUGAGUAUUGUACAGCUCUCGAUAAAAUUCUGCAAACUUUCAAAGACUAUCGUAUAGAUGCUCAAGUUGUAGAUCGUUCCGAGUACGACGAAAAUCUUCUUAAAGGGGUUGAUGCAGUCUUUUCUGCAGGAGGAGACGGAACUUUCCUUCUAGCCGCUUCCAAGAUAUUUAAUCAAAAUAUACCCUUGAUUGGAAUAACGACGGACCCAUUAAGAUCGGAAGGAUAUUUAUGCAUACCAAAGUCAUUAUCCAGACAAUUUGACAAGGCCCUUGGCUUUCUAUUGUCUUCUAAGUUUAAAUGGAUGUUUAGAAAUAGAAUCCGUUUGACAAUGUCUGGGCGAUAUGGUUCAAUCAGACAACAAAAUUUGCAUGAUCAACAUCUGCAAUCCCCUGAAAACCGGUUCUUAGAACAUGUACAAGAAAAUGAACUACAUUCUUGGCCAAACGAAAAUUUGCAGCAACUGCCCCCCACUUGCUUACCUAUAAGAGCGCUAAAUGAAGUCUUUAUAGGAGAGACUCUAUCUUCAAGGGUUUCUUUUUACGAAAUGUCUGUGAAUGAUGAAACUCCUCAAAAGCAAAAGAGUUCCGGAAUAACCAUCUGCACUGGAACAGGGUCUAGCUCUUGGUACUUUAAUAUCAAUCAUUUAAGUCGAAACUCGGUUGAAAACUUGUUAAAAAUUGUAAAAGAAGAAAAUCCAAAGUGUUCAAUAAAUACGAAUGAUGAAUUAUUGAUAAGGAAGAUAGCAAGAAAAUUCAACCAGUCACUAAUAUUUAGUGCUUGGGAAAAUAAAAUGGCUUAUACUGUUAGAGAUCCGGUUCUAAAUGGCAUCUUUCAAGUGUCAAACCCUAAAGGAUUCUGUCAAAAAAUGAGAGUUAAGUCUAGGAUGUGGGAUGCUUGUGUAGUAAUCGACGGUGGCGUUUCAUACUCUUUUAACGAGGGAGCCAUUGUCGAGAUGUCUAUGCUAAAAGAAGACGCUCUCAAGACUGUUUCAUUCCUAUGA